AUGCUGCACGUGGAUGGAGGAGAGCGCAGCGAGGCGGAGCCGACUGAGGAAAUAAAGACCUUGUGUGAAACCCUCAGGCGCAGCGUCACUUCCUGUCCCUUUGCAGCGCUCUGCAGAUGUUCGGAGUCUCUCUGUUCCCCGUCUACGGGGAGGGGCGGGCGGAGUUCUUCCUGGGUCCCCACGCCGGCCCCUGUACUGGUCUACAGGAACACAGAACUGGUGGGGAUAUAUUUCUGGCAGAAAAUCUCUAAACUUCAUUUCAGAGACGAGACCUUCGAACUCAGAGUCGCCACCAAAGAUGGUUCAGAGACGUCCUACCUCUUCCAUGCCUUAAAUCGAUCUGACUGUAAACGUCUGUGGAGGGGUUGUGUUGAACAUCACGCAUUCUUUAGGAUGUCUGCGUUGAAUCCGUUAACGUUCAGGCUGAAACACAGCAGUGUUUCUCGCUCGCCCGCUCCUCCUCGGCUGAACGUGGGCUUGUUGAGAAACAAAACCAUCAACAGAACAACCAGAAAACACACCAAUCAGAGGGCGAGUCUCCCGGAAAGACCAAUGGAGAUUCAGACAGCGCCCCCUGUUGUUCAGAGGCGGAGCCGGAGUCUGGAUGGAGACCGACCAAACAGGAUAAUCUGAUGUGAUUGGUCAGGUCUCGUUCCCACGGAAACAUGAGCAGCGGCAGCGAAUCAAAGCAGACGACGAGCGAUCGCCGCAGAAGAAGAAGGAGAAGGAGCCGAUGGAGUCCUGACGCGUGUGUGAUGUCAAAUGUUGGGCUAUAAAGGAACUACAGCAUGGUCACAUGACUUCCCGUCACCACCACUAAGCUAAAGGAGGCUAAUGUUGGGCUAUAAAGGAACUACAGCACGGUCACAUGACUUCACGUCACCACCGCUAAGCUAAAGGUGGCUAAUGUGGGGCUAUAAAGGAACUACAGCACGGUCACAUGACUCCACGUCACCACCGCUAAGCUAAAGGCGGCUAAUGUGGGGCUAUAAAGGAAAUACAGCAUGGUCACAUGACUUCACGUCACCACCGCUAAGCUAAAGGAGGCUAAUGUUGGGCUAUAAAGGAACUACAGCAUGGUCACAUGACUUCACGUCACCACCGCUAAGCUAAAGGAGGCUAAUGUUGGGCUAUAAAGGAACUACAGCACGGUCACAUGACUUCACGUCACCACCGCUAAGCUAAAGGUGGCUAAUGUGGGGCUAUAAAGGAACUACAGCACGGUCACAUGACUCCACGUCACCACCGCUAAGCUAAAGGAGGCUAAUGUUGGGCUAUAAAGGAACUACAGCACGGUCACAUGACUUCACGUCACCACCGCUAAGCUAAAGGAGGCUAAUGUUGGGCUAUAAAGGAACUACAGCACGGUCACAUGACUUCACGUCACCACCGCUAAGCUAAAGGUGGCUAAUGUUGGGCUAUAAAGGAACUACAGCACGGUCACAUGACUCCACGUCACCACCGCUAAGCUAAAGGAGGCUAAUGUUGGGCUAUAAAGGAACUACAGCACGGUCACAUGACUUCACGUCACCACCGCUAAGCUAAAGGAGGCUAAUGUUGGGCUAUAAAGGAACUACAGCACGGUCACAUGACUUCACGUCACCACCGCUAAGCUAAAGGAGGCUAAUGUUGGGCUAUAAAGGAACUACAGCACGGUCACAUGACUUCACGUCACCACCGCUAAGCUAAAGGAGGCUAAUGUUGGGCUAUAAAGGAACUACAGCACGGUCACAUGACUUCACGUCACCACCGCUAAGCUAAAGGAGGCUAAUGUUGGGCUAUAAAGGAACUACAGCACGGUCACAUGACUUCACGUCACCACCGCUAAGCUAAAGGUGGCUAAUGUGGGGCUAUAAAGGAACUACAGCACGGUCACAUGACUCCACGUCACCACCGCUAAGCUAAAGGAGGCUAAUGUUGGGCUAUAAAGGAACUACAGCACGGUCACAUGACUUCACGUCACCACCGCUAAGCUAAAGGAGGCUAAUGUUGGGCUAUAAAGGAACUACAGCAUGGUCACAUGACUUCACGUCACCACCGCUAAGCUAAAGGAGGCUAAUGUUGGGCUAUAAAGGAACUACAGCAUGGUCACAUGACUUCACGUCACCACCGCUAAGCUAAAGGUGGCUAAUGUUGGGCUAUAAAGGAACUACAGCACGGUCACAUGACUCCACGUCACCACCGCUAAGCUAAAGGAGGCUAAUGUUGGGCUAUAAAGGAACUACAGCACGGUCACAUGACUUCACGUCACCACCGCUAAGCUAAAGGAGGCUAAUGUUGGGCUAUAAAGGAACUACAGCACGGUCACAUGACUUCACGUCACCACCGCUAAGCUAAAGGUGGCUAAUGUGGGGCUAUAAAAGAACUACAGCAUGGUCACAUGACUUCCCGUCACCACCGCUAAGCUAAAGGUGGCUAAUGUGGGGCUAUAAAGGAACUACAGCACGGUCACAUGACUUCACGUCACCACCGCUAAGCUAAAGGAGGCUAAUGUUGGGCUGUAAAGGAACUACAGCACGGUCACAUGACUUCACGUCACCACCGCUAAGCUAAAGGAGGCUAAUGUUGGAUUAUAAAGGAACUACAGCACGGUCACAUGACUUCACGUCACCACCGCUAAGCUAAAGGAGGCUAAUGUUGGGCUAUAAAGGAACUACAGCACGGUCACAUGACUUCACGUCACCACCGCUAAGCUAAAGGUGGCUAAUGUGGGGCUAUAAAGGAACUACAGCACGGUCACAUGACUUCACGUCACCACCGCUAAGCUAAAGGUGGCUAAUGUGGGGCUAUAAAGGAACUACAGCACGGUCACAUGACUUCACGUCACCACCGCUAAGCUAAAGGAGGCUAAUGUUGGGCUAUAAAGGAACUACAGCACGGUCACAUGACUUCACGUCACCACCGCUAAGCUAAAGGAGGCUAACGUAGCUUGAAUAAAUAUGAGAUGGUUUAUAUUGGGGUAGUCGAGAUUAACAAAAUGUCUCAAUGUUGUUUUUCUUUUUAGUUCGAAGAUGGUUCCGCCUCUUCCUGUUACCACGGCGACUGACACUUCCUGUGGAUUACCCAGAAGCCCCUGAGGCAACCGUCACAUUUGUACUGUUUACAUGAUGGUACACAUAAGUGUGUGUGUGUGUGUGUGGCCUCUAGCAAUAAAAUGUGUCUGUA